GUAGCAAAAUUGUUAUUUUUUUAAACGACGUUUGUCGAUUUCAAAAUUUUCCAAUUUGAAAAGCUAUUCUAAAUUAAUGUGACCUGUAUCUUUUUUUAGAUCCUUGUUAAAAUUGUUGUGUAUUUGUGAUUAAGAAAAUACGAAAAAAUGUGCGACAAGAGUGCCCAACGUUUAUCUCUGCUGUCCAAGUUGAAGGAUCUGGUUUGUCAAAUCGACGAUAAGUGCUGCCCGCCAAGUUGUUCACCCUGCGGACCACCUCCUUGCGGUCCGUGCUGCCCGCCGUGUGGACCGUGCGGUCCCUGUUGUCCGCCGUGUGGACCAUGCGGUCCCUGUUGUCCACCGUGUGGACCAUGCGAUCCGUGCUGCCCGCUACCGAGCUGUACUCCGGCACCGCAACCAAGUCCAUGUCCGGUAAUGAUGCCGCCGCCACAACCCGUUUGCGUUCCGGGAUGUUUGCCAAUCUGUCAGCCGGUUCCACCGCCUUGCGUGCCGGUGCAGAACCCCAACCCAGAACCGCAACCGUGCGUUCCGUGUAAUCCACCACAAAUGAUGGUGUGCUAUAGAAUGCCCAAAGGAAAGAACGGGUUAAAGAAUUGCAAGUCCAGGGAGUUAAGGGGCGGUCUUCUUCACGUCGGUUGUGAUUGUAAGAAACGUAAUGGAUUACAAGAUGACUGCCCGCGAUUACUGUGCCAGGGCGCGCCUAAAUGCUUGACUCAGCCACCCUCUUGUUGUCCAGCUCAGUAUUCCUGUGGACAACACUUGGGAAAAUCGACGAAAUCUGACGACUUGGAACAAUACCAGUGCUAUCCAGCUUAUGUUAGGCUGCCUCCGUGCUGUCCGGCCCCGGCACCAUGCCCACCGUGUGCACCGGGAUGUCCACCGCCAUGCGGUCCUCCGUGUCCACCGUGCGGCCCUUGUGGACCGUGCCCGCCGUGUGGUCCUUGUGGACCUUGCCCGCCGUGUGGUCCUUGUGGACCUUGCCCGCCGUGUGGUCCUUGUGGACCUUGCCCGCCCUGUGGUCCAUGCGGGCCAUGCUGUGUACCACCAGCACCUUACGUACCACUAAUACCGGCGCCACCAUGCCCGCCACCCGUUUGUGCAGGACCGCCUCCAUUAGUGCCAGUCGGUACAAUCUUGCCUUCGCUGCCUGUGUGUCCGAGUCCUUGCGCUCCUUGUUGCCCACCGUGUGGGCCUCCAAUGUGUCCAUGUCCAUGUUAAUAAAAAAUUAGUUUGUCCAAACUGGCAUCAAUUCGGCAUUAAAAUA